GAAUAAAACAGGUUUUACGUUCUUGCUUAGUCACGUGACCUGAAUCUCUAAAAGGUCGAAGGUCGUAGCUUAUAAACAAUGGCUUUCCUGACCGACUGAUCACUUUUCACAAAAACACGACAGAUUUCCACACUUUUGUCGUUUUCCCGGGAUGACCAGAGGAAUGAGUGCCAAAGAGCAGAACAGAGCGGAGGGAGGGAGUCCGCAGAAUGAAACAGUCCACAGCAUCAGCCCUGGUCCCAGGGGGAGUAAGAUCAGUAUCAAGAUCCCCAGCGAGCAUGCGUACCAGCAAACGGAAACACAAACGGACGAAUUUCUCAUGGGUCCCAGGCCGGGAUCGGUGGGGGAGGAUGAGAUCAUUAGGAUGACAGCAACACGAGUGAUCGAGCGGGCCUGGCUGUCGUACCGGGACAAACAGAUGUUCAAACUCCUCAAGCACGCCGUCUGUGCAGCCGAGCACUGUCUGUCAUUUGAGAUAUUGCGGAAAGUCAGUCCCAUGGAGGCCAACCUUCUGAAGGACCCCAGCUUCCAGGUCAGGGUCAGGUUCAGAUUUGCCGGCAGUGACUUCCCGCCUGAGAUCGUUUUUAAAGUCUUCAUCCACACCGGAGGUCAGGGGGUCAACUACGUCAGCGGGAAGAGGGUCAUAAAACCCGCCACAAACGCCGCGGCGGACUCCUGUCGUCUGAUGGGCCACCGGAAGUUCUACGACCAGAUGAUCCGCGACGCCUGCCAGCACGAGAAGGAUCGGGUUACGGAUGAGAUUGACAUCAUCACCAUGAAGGAUUACAUGCAGUAUCUUAGCAACAUGGACGAAACUCCCGCGUACAUGGGGGGCAAGGAGAACCUGUGGAGGAAACUGUCACUGGAAGCGUUGCCCAGGCAGAGCAUCAUGUACGACAUAGUGGAGUACCUGUACCACACGGGCACGCCGUCGUCACGGUUACAGGAGGACCUGCCCAUCCUCAUGUCCCGACCAAUCACACAGGAGAUCCAGCUCCAACACAUCCAGGCCAUCUCACAACUAAGAACCCCUCCCCCUGCUCCCUGCACUACUGCACAGUCCCGUAACCGGCCCAGACCACUUAGCAGCGGGGGGAGGUCGCAGCGCGGCUCGAAGCAGGCCAAGAAACGAGCGCAACAGAUGAGGAAACUCUACCAGCAGGAGGGGAAGGAGGGUCUUGAGACAGUACCUGGCAGCACCCCCCUGAAAGACAUGGUGAGAGAGGAGUAUCUGGGAAUGACUGGGGAGGACCAGGAAGACUGGGAGCAGGAGGCUGACAAACUGUACGAGUGGACUCAGGAGCUCAACUUUGACGACCUGGCCGCAACACCCAGAUAUGAGUUGUAGCAAAGAUAGAGCAUAGUGACUAUUGCCACAAUGUAGCCAAAAUGCAAAGUACUGUAAAGUCUGGUAAAGGCAAAUUGCCAUUGGCAAGGGCACUUAUUUCUGCAGCUUUGCAAAGUGGACUUCCUGGAGAUUCAGAAUAUAGCCAAAUUGGGAUGUAGUGGUGCCAUAAUAUAGGUCUGGAGUAAAGCCAGUAAGUCUGCCAAAUUUCUAGAAUUUUAGGCCAAUUUAAAGCUUUAAACCAAAGGAAGCACAAUUGGAGAUAUUUAUGGACAAGUUAACAUUUUUUUAGCAGAAUCUUGCAGGAAGCGCUAACAUCUGUAUAUAGGGUGAUAGAUAAUAUGACACAGUAUAUUUUUGAGUGUAUCAAAAGGAGUUUACUUAAUACUCAUAAAAAUAUGCCAUGGAUGUACUAGUACGUUAAUUGUAAUCUGCAAAGUCAAUUUUAACCUAAUAUGUUUCCAAAUGGCUACUAUAGCAGGUUAGUAAGUAGGUCAAAAGAGAAAUAUCCCAUUGAUAAAGCUACCAUCAUGACAUUUUUCCCAUUUCAAAUACAC